AUGGGCGGCGGACCAGACGUCCCGUCCCGUGACGUCGCUUCGAAAGAGAAGGACCUCGUGCUGUGCACAUUGCCGUGGCCUGAGGCAGACGCAUCACGUGUUAUCAAGGUGCUCAAAGAAACCUUUAACGAUGUCGACGUCGAGUACCACUUCACUAAAUACCUGAACGGCAAGGCGGAACCGAUUCAUGUGCCCGAAGAGUCGCUGCAUCGAGCCAAGUACAUGGCGACACUCUUCUGGCUGCCUCCAUCGCCAGCCUCGCUUCCCUCGGUUAAACUGAUCCAGUUCGCAUCCGCAGGCGUGAACAAUCAUGCCAACCACCCCAUCUACACAGACUCGGAUAUCCCGCUGUGCUCGGCCAAUGGCGUCCACGGCCCGCAAAUCGCCGAAUGGGUCGUCAUGAUGGAUCUCGUGCACAGCCACAACUACACGGCGCUGUACGACAACCAGAAGCAGAAGAUCUGGGACUCUAGCCCGACCAAGAGCGUCAGUGAUCGCGUGGGCAAGCGAGUCGGCAUUCUGGGCUACGGCAGUAUUGGUCGACAAGUCGGUCGCGUAGCAAAAGCACUGGGCAUGGAUGUCCUAGCCUACACGGCGUCUCCGCGCACCACGCCCGAAUCCAAGCGCGACACCGGCUAUAUUGUGCCCGGCACGGGCGACCCCGACGGCGCGUUUCCCAGCGCAUGGUACAGCGGCACGGACAAGGAGCAUGUGCACGAGUUCCUGAAGCAGGAACUCGAUUUACUGGUUAUCGCCGUGCCAUUGACCAAGGCAACGACGCACCUCCUGUCGACGGCUGAAUUCGAGCUGCUGCACAAGUCAAACCCGCGCGGCACCUACAUUGCCAAUAUAGCGCGGGGCCAGAUCAUCGACCAGAAGGCGCUUGUGACGGCUCUGCAUAGCAACCAGAUCCGCGGUGCUGCAUUGGACGUCACGGACCCGGAGCCCCUGCCCAAAGAUGAUGUCCUCUGGGAUGCUCCCAAUGUGCUCAUCACCCCGCAUUGCAGCAGCAUGACGGAUGUGUAUAUCGACCGUGUGUUCGAGCUGCUGGUUGAAAAUAUCAAGCAUCAGCGCAGUGGAGCCAAGCUCAUCAACGAGGUCGAUCGGAAAAGAGGAUACUAGGUACGUAGGUACGUAGGUAGGGGGUGUGUGUGAAUUGCAAAACUCAUAGAUAGAUAUGCUCGACUUGAAAGAUUCCUACAUAACCAGUCUAUAGAACGGAAGGGGGAGGGAUAUGAAUAUAGUAUGUAUAGUUAGAUUCU